AUGUCAUUGAGUUUCCCAAUAAAUGGUAUUCAAUAAAACCAACCAAAAGCUCGUUUUCAAUCCCCAAAUCCGAUCCCCUAGAGAAUCCAUUCAACACUCACUGAAUCAAUGCCCGACUCCAACAAUCCCCCGCUGUCUCGCGGCCCUCCGUGGGCCUCGGCUCUCAAAAUCACGGUCUUGGCUCUCGUGGCUGCAGCCGUCGUCGUCUACAAGCUCGACCCGUUUGACCCCGCGGCGCUGCCGGCGGAGGAGCUGAGUGGGGAGCCGGCGGCUGUGGCCGCGUGUAACGGCAGGGUACUGCAGGGGGCGGAGAGAAUCGGAGUGGGGGAGCUGGCGGCAGCGGAGGACUUAGCUUAUCACUCGGAGUUGGGACUUGUUUACACCGGGGAUGGGGAUGGGUGGUUGAAGCGAGUUAGAUUAAAUGACUCCACGGUGGAGAAAUGGGCCUUCACCGGCGGCCGACCUCUCGGAGUCGCUUUGGGACCAGACGGCGACGUUUUUAUCGCCGAUGCAGAUAAGGGGUUAUUAAAGGCGAGUAAAGAGGGAGUGGUGGAGGCAUUGACGGAAGAGGCUGACGGCGUGAAAUUCCGGCUGACAGAUGGCGUUGAUGUGGCCGAAGACGGUACCGUUUAUUUCACGGAUGCUUCCUCUAAAUAUCGGUUUCAUAGUUUUAUAUUCGAUAUUUUCGAGGGUCGGCCGUACGGUCGAUUGUUGAGCUACAAUCCAGUUACUAAAAUCACUAAACUUCUGGUUGGAGAUUUAUAUUUUGGGAAUGGCGUUGCAGUUGCUCCCACCCAAGAUUUCGUCAUCUUUUGCGAAACUCCGUUGAGAAGAUGCAGAAAAUAUUACAUCAGUGGAGAUCGGAAAGGGAGUGUUGAGAAAUUCGUAGAGAACUUACCGGGAACUCCCGAUAAUAUCAGAUACGAUGGACACGGCCAUUAUUGGAUUGGACUCUCGACGGAGAUGACAGGUUCUUCUUCUUCUUGGCACAUUGCUCUGAAAUAUCCAAUGUUAAGGAAGAUAAUGGCGAUAAUGGAGAAGUACGGCCGGCGACCAAACUUGGAGAAGAACGGUGGAGUGGUGGCCGUAAAUCUUCAAGGCGAACAAGUUGCUUGGUAUUAUGAUUAUAAAUGGUCAUUGGUUACCGCCGGAAUCAAGAUCGGAAAUCAUCUCUACUCCGGCUCUUUGGCGCUUCCCGGCAUUCUUCGCCUUGAUUUGGACAAAUUUCCUGCCACCGCCACCGGUUGCCCGUGGUUCAAAUCCCACGACCUCUAAUUAGAUUCAAAUAAUUUGUUUUUUUUUGUUUUUUUUUUUCUAAAAUGGAAUCAAAUAUAUGUCUCUAUUUGCAUUAA